AUGAGCCCCGGACUGUGUCUUGCACCCAAGAGGGCCCGAGAGAGUACAUCCAAAGUUCGAACCGGAUGUAGCACUUGCAAAACUCGUCGGGUGAAAUGCGACGAAGCAAAACCAACUUGUCGACGCUGCGCCAUUGGAUGCCGAAAAUGUGAGUACAACGCUGCGCGUACAACACCCCCACGAAGAAGCGUCAUCACGGUUUAUGUGCCUCCUACGCAAACACAACUGGUAUCUGGCAUCAAUGACCGCGGCCUUGACUUCUUCCAACGAAAUGUUGCUGGAAAAUUGGAUGGUCAGUUCAACUCAACGUUCUGGAGUAGGCUUGUGUUGCAAUUGUCACACUCCGAACCAUCGAUUAGACACGCCGUAUCAGCCAUCAGCACCAUUUAUCAUGACAUUGAGGAGGCUACGAGGCAUCCGGUGGGCUAUGUCAAUGCCAAUUCCAACGCUCGAGAAGAGUGGAGCGCAGCAAUAAGAAGUCUAUCAGCUCGCAUUCAAGCGCACCCCGACUCGAGCUUGGUGCCUUUGGUCUGUUGCCUCCUGUUCACAUGUAUCGAGUUUCUCAAAGGAAAAGUCGAGUCUUCUCUAUUUCACGCUCGGAAUGGUUUCAAUAUCCUGGCUACGCUCCAUCGCAACAAUGAGACCACAGGAAUAGCGUCCAAUAUCUUAUCCAACGAUCUUAGAGCCAUCGAAGAUUACAUCGUGCCCAUGUUCUCGGGCCUGAAUGUGCUCUGCCUACUCGCUGGCAUACCAACGCCGCCAAUACACGCCCAGGCAGAUGACAAAGGUGCUCUUCAUGAAGACCUUGCCCAUUCUAGACGGCGGCUCCUUGUGAUCUCAGACCAAUGUAUCCGAUUCAUUGGCGAAGCCAGUCUCAAAGCAGAUGCGUUCCAAAUCGACAUGGACGAUCUCGUUGAACAAGCCAAACUUCAAACAAGCCUAGACACAUGGCGUGCUCAACUAUAUGGACUUCUCGAACGGAUGCAGGCUGCCUGUAAAUCGGUCAAACAAGAGCCGCUCAAUCUACUCUUGGUACAUUAUAAAGUCAUUUACAUCUGGUUGAGAGUUUGUACCGCAGCUGCUGAGACGGCUACCGACGCCUAUCAUACCGACUUCCAAGAGCUUGUGCAUUACGCGGAACAAAUCACCAAACUAAGUGGGAGAAUGGCGACGCCUCAACUGCUGUCUUUUGAUAUACAAAUCCUGGGGCCUCUAUACUAUGCCGUGUUGAAAUGCCGUUAUCCUACCACACGAAGGCGCGCCCUGGAACUAUUGCGAUUAGCACCUCAACGCGAAGGGCUGUGGAACGCACAUCACGCAUACGUAACUGCAAAACGUAUCAUUGAGCUGGAAGAAAGACAUCUCAACGGGCAAGGAUUGCCAGACGAGGCUUCAAGAUUACAUGGUCUCACUCUGCCCAAUGAUGAGUCACGGAUAUUCAACCCGAGUGAGAUGCCUUUUGACUUUCAAGACUUUGACCACCGCAUUGUGUCCAGCCCGGCUUAUCCAUGCACGCUUGAAGCCAGGUUUUUAACAAAGCCGUGGGGGCUGUUGGGAGAGUGGCAAGAAACAAUUGAGUAUAUCAAGUUGUAACGCAUUUUUGAUGGGCUUGGAAGUUCAGUUUGAAAGAGAGGGUUACAUGAUGAUACCAUUGUAGUCAAAUGGGUUGACAUGUAAUACUACACCACCGACAUGCCCGACAGCCUCAGGAUUGCGACAACGCACGCCUGACAUCGAUUUCCAAGAUCUUUAUAUGUUACGAUUCGUGCCUGUAACAGCGCUAUAAGGCUUCUAUAAGCAGGUGUAUGCACCACUGUAAUUACUACAAUAGCAGUUAUUAGCCAAUCUUUUGCCUCAUGGCGUAAUGGUUAGGUGCAGCUGUUAUAUUAUACUUGUGGUAUUUGCGACAUAAGCAUAAAUAGAGUUAGAAUCAAGAGAUUAACUAAAUAUUAAU